UGCAGCUCGAAACGCGACGCGAUCAGUUGGAUAUAUACUUAAAUUGUCCAAGAGAUAUAUAAACACGAUUCUUCUUCGCCGAAGAACGAACGUUUUCCCAGACCUGCGUCUGUGUGUGUGUGUGUGCGCGCGUUGCGGUGUGCGUGUUACCAUUUGCAUUUGGGCUUUUUAGCUUUUCAGCUUUUUAGUUUUAACUCGCUUUUCGUUCCAUUUCGCCGCGUUGCAUUUGGCCAGCGAUUGCAUUUCUCGGUUUCGUUUUUGGAUCGCCUUUCGUUGUUUUUUGGGUAGGGGGCCUUAAAAUAGCCUUUGCCGUAAUUACUGGGCUGGCCGCAAGAAAACGUGUUUGUGUCUAAACUACAGUUACAACCAGAGCACCAGUUGCAGCUGCAUUUCACUGAAAGUGUUUGCCGAAAAAUAAGAAAGAAAUAAGAAAAAAAAAUAGAGUGUUCGAUAAAGAAAAAGAAAACGUCACUCGGUCUGUGCGUUCUUCUUCUAUUUGUUCACCAGUUAACAUUGUGCUCAUAAUUUAUUGUACCCAGCGAUAUGCAAAUAGAAAGCAACAAAUUUGUACAGCAAGUGGAAUAUUUCAACGUUUAAUUUGGACCCCAAAACACCAAAAGUGUGCAGCGUUUAAUGGGCGAUGGAUAAAGUGAGUUACCCAACGAACAGAAUCGGAACUCACUUCGCGGCAAUUUCCCUUGGAAGACAAGAGGCAGCAGAUGAAAAAAACGCCAGCAAAACAAACGAAAACCAUUGAACGGCCGAGACAGCGAGAUUAAGCAGGCAGCAGGCGGUUUUCAGCUGAUGAGCAACAAAGGACAGAGUGCAUCGGAGCCAUUAAUUUAAAUUGGGUAUUAUGAGCGCACUAGCAACAAGGACAGAAAGCUCAUGUACGACAAGUCCAAGAAAUCGUGGAGUCAGCGGCUCAAGACGCUCGGCAGCGGUGACAGCGUGGACAAGAACGCUUCUCUAGCCGCCGUCAGCGGGAUGCAGGCCAUGCAGCAGCUGCAGCUGCACAUGCAGCAGCAACAGCAGCAGCAGCAGCAACACAUGGCGCACCAUGGCCACCACCAGAUGGUGACCGCGUAUCAAUUGCCGCCAGUUCCCUCCGCCGAAUUCCUGCCCAGCGCCCUCUCACGUUCGAUGAAGUACGCGGAGCCGUGGAUCUACGGCACAGUGCGGGGCAUUCCCGCCCGCCCCUCCUACGGCUAUCAUCCCCAUGCGGCGGCGAUUUUCGCGGCAACGGAGGGCGUGCCCGGCACCACCGCCCUGGCCGUGGUGAUCUGCUCCUGUGCCGAGUACUUGAACGGCACGAAACGUGACGUGAAGAAGGCGAGCGUGUGCAAGAAGUGCAAGGGGUCGCGCCUGCCCCUUGCCACCAUCGGCGGCACUGGGGGCACAGUGCGUCUGCCAGCUGUCAGCGGAGCCGGGAACUCGCGUCGACCCACCAUGGCGGCCACCAUGCGGGUGGUGAGUGCCACCAAGAAAUCACGUCCCUCCAUUCUGGAUCCGCAGAAGGAUCCCUACGACCUGAUGCGACGCACGCGACUCCUUUCCCCAGAACCGAGUUGCAAGGAUGCGGACGGCAAGUCACGUAGUCGCAGUGAGUGGGGCAAUCAGCCCAGGGGUCGCACUCGAACCAGGGCACCUCCGCCCCCAGCCCCUUCCAGCCAGAAGUCCCAAGGGGCCGUCCUUCCAGCUGCAGCAGUUGCUGAUCCCACGGACUGCUGGCUCAUGGAGGACAAUGAAUCCCUGCUCCAGAGCAGCGGUUUGGCUUCGAGGGCGGCCAGUCGGCGGUCCAUACUCCGAUGCCACGUCAAUCCCUACGACCUGAUCUCAAGCGAAAGUGGUAAGCUGCAGAGUGACCUAAGGAAGCCCCACGACCACUUCGAUGUGGCCGAUGCCCGGCUCAACGAUGACCAGCUGGAGCGGAAGAGGAGCUCCACCAGCAGCAGCAGCAGCAAGUUCUACAGCGGCAAUGUGGCGGCCAUUGCUGGCCAGCGGAUCAGUCUGGGCGAUAAGUCCGGCGAUAACUCCGAUCCAGGUGACAGCUAUGAGCGAAUUAUAGUAGUCUCUGGCGGAGAGGCGACAUCUAAUGGACCGCGACGACCGCCGCGCAAUAAAAAAGCGGAUGAGCCGGCAGAAAUCCCGACAGCAACAGCAGCAACAAUCACAGUGAAGCCCAAGGCGGCUACUCCCACUGAAGUGGAAAAGUCGGUAGAGAACGAUGAUUCGACUUACACAGUGCUCACUGUAACGCCCACUUCGCCAGCCAUCAAGUCCAUUCUUAAGCGCCCCUCGACUCUGGAGUUGCCUGGAGUGGGGGCAUCUCCUCUGCCACUUCCUCCGACUGGUGACAAUUCUGGCCUGGUGACGCCCGCGGGCAAGUCACAGUUCUAUAUACCAACGCCGACGGGGACAGCUGCCACGCCCACGCCCACCAGCACGCCCAUGGCCACAUCAACACCUACACCCAUUGCCGUUGCAGCAGCAAUCACGCCGGGUUCACGCAAAAAAGUGCAAUUUAUGGUCGAGGAUAAAAUCAUAGCCACGACUGCGACAGCGGCGACAACUGAUGACAGCGAUGCCAGUGUGGCUGCAACGAAAACAAACUACGAAUACUACAAUCGCAAGCGAAACGCGGCAGCAACAGCAACAUCGCCGACAACAGCAGCAACAUCAACAGGGACAGCAGCAACAUCAACGGAUCAGCGGGAGGCAACGCUAUUUGCGGCUGACGUUGAUGAUGAGCAUAACUUUACAACUUCCGCUGAGCCAACUCCGUUCAUAAAGCCGGAUAGUUUGCAUUAUGAAGAUGUCCUGCCAGGGCCCCAAAUAUUUGACAGCAGCAACAGCAGCAGCAGCGAACAGCCAGCUGGCGGCGGGUCCUCCAAAUUAUUACUGCCAGCGGAUGGGUCGCCGCAUGUCACUGCGAAUCCUGUCAGCGUUUUAACAACUGGCACAUCAAAUGGAGUGGGUGGAGCAGGAGUUCCAGGAGGAGUUCCCAGAGAAGGGGGACCAGCACCACCACCAGCAACACCAACAACACCAGCAACCCAAAAGACGACAGCAGCAAAUCGCGAUUAUGACGAUGAUGACGAGCACAACGACAAGGAUGAGAGUCACGACAACAAACCCAACGACUUGGCUGAAAGGGAGCGAAAGGACAAGGAGCAGGAGCAGGAGCUGGAGAAGAAGGAUGCCGUUGCCAAGCCUGCGGCAAGUCAAAAGCGUGCAGCACAAACGACACAAUCGCGAAAUCCCAUCAGACGGGCGCACAGUGAACGGCAUUUGUCGACCGCGCCCCUGGUCGCCAACGCCUCUGCCUCUGCCGCCCACGGCCACGCCUCCUUCGUCUCCACCACCGCCGGCAGAAACUGCCACUCCAUCCCGACGACUCCAGCCAGUGGGCCACAGAAUGUCAUUUUAAAUUUUAAGGACACAAUGGCGCUGCGCAUAAAAAGCAACCGCAGCGACUCGAGAGAUUUAUUUCAAAGGCGGCCCACGGAGCCGCCGCCACCGCCUCCCAAUGGAGGAGGCAAAGGAUUAGAGAUGCUGCCACUGCCACUGCCACUGCGGCACCCGCACGAAAUCAAUAAGUCGCCUCUGUCGCCCCAAAGGACAGUGGUGCGGGUGGCUCCAUUCAAGCCGCAGAAGCAGCAACAGCGGGAGGGGGGUGAGAGCUUCACCCAGGAGGUGCAUCGCCUCAAGAUAUCCCACAGCGAGGAGGACACGGAUUUGGGGGUGGAGCUGAGGAGGAGGCCCAACCUAUUCCUCUCCUCCCCCGACGAAGAGGAUGCGGCCCCGAAGAAGACCUCCAUCCUGAUCAGCGGCGAUGAUUGCUACUCCACGAUGAACCUGAGUGCGGAUGCAGCUCAGCCACUGUACCAAUCCUCGGUGGUGGUCAAUAGCCACUCGGCCACGAGUGUGUGCAUCAGUGUGAGCAGUGCCGAGGAGCAGGAGCAGGAGCUCAACCAGCUGAACACGCUGCGCAGCCAGCAGAUGGGCAUGGGCAUAGCCAUUAUACCCAUUCGGGGAGCCAGCGAGGUGAACCUGCAGAGGUCGGUGUCCUGCAUCUCGUCCACUUCGAGCAGCUCCACCUCCAGCAGCAGCAGUUCCAGUGGCAGGGGAAGGACCCUCAUCCGGCUGGACUACGAAAGGGAGAGGAAGGGAUCGGCCACCAGCAGUACGCCCAUCAAUACUCCUCCUGUUAUCAGUUCCACGCCAGCCACGCCGCCUCCCGAGGAUUCACCCAAUCCUUUGGUUCCCCACGAGACAGAGCUCUUGAAGAUCCUUCGCAAUCCGGUGGAGGCAGUGAAACUGAACCUGGUGCCGCAUGUCUGUGGCCUGCGAGCUCCAUCGCGGGAAAGUGGGAAAGCCAAGAAGUUGCAGGCUGAGGAGGCAUCAACUGCUCCGCCCAAGGAACCCGGUUUCAUAGCCAAACUCCUGCAGGAUCCCAUGCUGGGUCAGGUGGCCGAGGGACUCGAAACGGAGACGGUGGCGGAGCUCAUCGAGAACUCGCUGCAGAGACUCCAGCAGACCAGGAGGGGAAUCGACAUGAGCGGCACCAAAGACCACGACGACAUGAAUCGCCUGAUCAGCGCCUCGCUGGAACGCAUCCGCCUGGAACGCCAGCCGGUGACGACGACACCUGGAAGAGCAACCAAAGAGGAGGACCGCCUCUCCAAUCGGGGCAGCAUCAGUUCCGCCAAUAGCUUCGCCUCGGCCCACAACUACGAACUUUUCGAUUUCGAUGGCGGAGCCGGUGGCAAUGAGUCGGAUUGCUAUCAGAGCUGCUCCAGUGAGUUGACAGCCUCUGGAAUCCUGGAAGAGGAUCCUGUCACCACCAUAAAGGAUCCCGAAGUGGAACUGGAUCCCGCCACGCGUGCCAAGUUCUAUCAACUUCUGGUGGAUGCCACUUUGGCGGAGAUUGAGCACUCCACGCAUGUGGAUCAGGAUUUGGGAACUGAGACGGAACAUCACUACGAAUCGAUUAGGCAUAGUGGUGACCCCAUUUACGAGGAGAUCCAUGAGGUUCCACCGCCACUGCCACUUUCUGCUCCUCCUCUGAAUGAUGCCGAGCUGGACAAGAAGGCUGCCCGCUCCAUCUUCGAAGGAGCCUCCAAGUACGAUAUCCUAUCCUAUCUGGUGGAUGCCAAGGAACGCGGUUUGGCCAGGGAAGAGAGCUUUGAUUAUGGCAACAAUCCUAAGAUUAUAGAGGAGGAAGCUGCCGAUACGCUGAGUGAUUUGGACAAGCGACAGGCGGAGGAGCGAGAUCGGGAGCGGGACAGUGGCCAGAGCAGCAUGAGUUCCCUAUCGCCGCCACCACAUAAUUUCAUUUGCGGCGGAGGAGGAGGAAAGUCAUGCGGCAGUGAUGUGGAACGCCAGGAUUCAGGAGUGGGUUCGGAAACUAGUAAGACUUCUCGCAGCAAGUACCAGGCCACGCCCACCGUGCUCCACCUGUGCGAGGAUUGCGAUGGACCCGUGGAAAUGCAGGUGGGCGACGGCGGAGUCCUCUACGCUCCUCUGGUUUGCAGGAAGUGCGGGAGGAAGCGCGUGGAGCGCAAGGAGAUCAUCACCGAGAUCGUGGAGACGGAGGAGAAGUACGGCAGGGAUCUGCAGAUCAUACUGGAGGAGUUCUGCCACCCCAUGCUGGUGGCCGGCCUGCUCACCCAGGAGCAGCUCUCCGCGAUCUUCCUCAACACGGAAGAUCUGCUCGAGAACAACCAGACGCUGGCCGAGCGAAUGCGCGACGCCCUGGACAUGUCGCUGGAGCAGGGCGACGACGACCUGCUGACGGUGAACAUCGGGCGCAUCUUCCUCGACUUCACCCAGAUGCUGCACGCCUUCGAGAGCUACUGCGUCCGCCAGGCUGGCGCCAGUCUGCUGCUGGCCAAUCUCGAGAAGGAGAAGGAGCUGCUGCGCAUCUUCUUGAAGGUCUCCCAAAUGGAGAACGCCGUGCUGCGGCGCAUGAACCUCAAUUCCUUUUUGAUGGUUCCCGUUCAGCGUGUGACUAAAUACCCCCUGCUCCUGGCCCGUCUCUACAAGGUCACCCCCUCGCAAAUCGAUGGACGCGAUCUGCUGAAGCAGGCCCAGGAGAAGAUCGAGCUGCACCUGAACCACAUCAACCAGGAGGCCAAGGACGUGCCCACCAAGCUGUGGCGGCGCAUCAGCUCCUCCAGCCCGAAUCGACGUGCCUCCUGCGAGAUCGACAUGAUCAACAUCAAGCUGCGCAAAAUGGCCAUCGAUGUCCUGGAGUGGAACCACGACGAGGUGCGGUUCGCCAUGGAGGGACGACUGCUCUACACACAGCCCACGGACAGCAACUGGAAGAAGGCACGCACCAUCAAGUUGACGCCGGUGAACGCCUUAUUGGUAACCAAUGGCAAGCCAAGUGCCAAUUACAGGGCAGAGAAGGCCAUGUCGGAAAAACUGAAUUUCCCGAAGCACACGGGCAUCCGCGAGGCCUCGCUGCUUUUGGUGAAGGAGAAGUGCGGACGGUACACGCUGAUCCGGGAGCCGCUCUAUCUGGACAGAUGUGUCGUGUGCAGCGAAGCGGAUUGGGAUGAUUAUUUCGAAGUGCAGGAAAUUUCAUCGAAGGACACAUUCAUAUUCAAAGCGGAGGAUGGAGUGCGGACGAAACAGUGGUACACACAGCUGCAAUAUCACGCCCAGGGCAUGGGGGCGUGGCGGAAGAGGCGGAACGCCCUGGCCAACAUAAUGAUCAACGGAAUGCUGGCCCGAAGCUAGCCCAUCAACAACAACAUCAGCAUCCACGAAACCAUUCCCCAGCCCAAAAACCAUCCGCAGGACUCCGGAUUCCGAAUAGUUUGGCAAAGGACGUAAAACUCAACAAUUGGUUAUGCAUUUAAUGUGUAUUUAUGCGCUAUUAACCAACGAGCAAUUUCGUUUCGUAAUUAUAAUUUAAGUGAUAUACAAUUGAAUCGAGCACGCAUAACGCUAGUUAGUGUUUACAUAAUGCCUAUUUCUAUACCUAUACCUAUACCUAUAUAUUAUGCAUAACCAAUACGUACACACGAAUACCCUGAAUACAAUGCAAUAAAAUACCAUACAUUAAUUAAACA